GGGGACGAAAAUGAUACCGUGCCCUUGGAAUUGCAAGGCCAGACGUUCUAUGUCACCCGAAAUCUAGAGUCCGCGCUGCGCAACAUCUCGCAAAUGGUGAAGAAAUUGGUCAUUUGGGCAGAUGCGCUGUGCAUCGACCAGACGGAUCUCUCCGAGCGCGCUGCGCAGGUCCGCUUAAUGGGCGACAUAUACCGCAACGCAGACCACGUUCUCAUCUGGAUAGGCGGCACGCAGGAGGACGGUGUUCUCGCUCUCGUCUUUAUUGAAACGCUUGGAUGGAUAGCCGUAGCACAGAUGUUAAAGCGCCCUUGGUGGACACGUAUCUGGACCCUUCAGGAAGCAGUACUCGCUAAGGAGGUUUCCGUA